UUCACCUGUUUGUACUGCAUUUUCACUGUGCUGCUGCAUCUUAUAGACUGUUGUUUGAGCCGUCAGCUUGUGUCUGUCGGUCGUGCUGUAUCAGGCUGCGCAGGUUGCACAGAGGCAGGCACCAGGCACCGUUUCAGCACCUCGAUGGUCACCUGGACGCCUCAAGCACACCCGCAUCGUCUAUUUCAUCGUCCAUUCCAUCGCACCUGAUUCUUCUGUCGUACAAAUACAUCCACCAUGCUCACACGUACUGCGUUCCUAUUCGCGCUGCUCCGAGCCGCAUCCUGUGCGCAGCCGGACGCCCAAGAGCCAAUAGCAGCCCCCCUGCGCGACCUACCCUGGGCACAGCUCAACUUCCUGCACACCACCGACGUCCACGGCUGGUGGGGCGGCCAUCUGCAAGAAGCUUCUUUCUCCGCAGACUGGGGCGACUAUGUUUCUUUUGCCAAGCACCUGCGCGACAAGGCCGACGCAGCAGGCGUCGACCUCCUGGUCGUUGACACUGGCGACAGAGUAGAAGGAAACGCCAUCUAUGACUCCUCCAAACCUCGGGGGAAAUUCACCUACGAGAUUGCCAAGGAACAGCAUAUCGACCUCAUCAGCUCAGGCAACCAUGAGCUCUACAAGGCCGACACUGCUGAAGGCGAAUACUACCACACAGUGCGCGACUUCCAGGGAAGCUAUCUAGCCUCAAACUUGGAUAUCUAUGACCCCCAAACUGGGUAUCUUGAGCCACUUGCACCGCGUUACAAGAAGUUCACCACAAAGAAUCAAGGAAUUCGUAUCCUCGCAUUUGGUUUCAUCUUCGACUUUACAGGCAAUGCAAACAAUACUGUCGUGACGAGAGUUGAAGACACUAUCAAAGAGGACUGGUUUCUGGAAGCCCUCAAAGACCAAGAUCUCGAUCUGAUUGUUGUUUUUGGCCACGUCGACAUACGCUCGCCUGAGUAUGCAGCGUUGUUUUCAACCAUCCGGGCGGCGCACAAGCACCUGCCGAUACAGUUCUUUGGCGGACAUUCGCAUAUCAGGGACUACAAGAUCUUCGACGACAAGUCCGUCGCGCUCGAAAGUGGCCGUUACAUGGAAACGCUAGGCUUCAUGUCUAUCGAGGGGCUCAGCACGGGUGGCAAAGACGGCAGCACGGCCACGCCCCAGAAAUCGGAUAUCACCUUCUCCCGUCGCUACAUCGACAACAACCUUUUCUCGUUACGCCACCAUAGCGGUAAAGAUGAGAAGACCUUCCCUACCGAGCAUGGCCUCAACGUCUCAAAGGCCAUUGGCGAUGCCAGGGACUCUCUCGGUCUGACUAAGAAGUAUGGUUGUGCGCCACGUGAUCUCUGGAUCAGCAGGCGCCCAUUUCCGCACAACGAGAGCAUUCUGUCGUGGCUCAAAGAUGAGGUGCUACCAGACUCAAUAAGCACGUCACAGCGCGUCAAGAGCGGCGGCAAAGCUCUUGUUAUCCAGAACACAGGCGCUAUUCGUUUUGACAUCUUCAAAGGUGCUUACACAAAGGACACAAAGUUCCUGGUUUCGCCCUUCACCAGCCCACUGCGGCUCAUCAAAGACGUUCCGUACAAGGCUGCUAGCCAGGUCAUCGAGCUUUUGAACCAUGGAGGGCCAAUAGCGCUGGAGAUGAUGGAGGCUGGUGCUUUCCUGCAGCCACCUGAGGUCACUGCUGCGCGUUUCCGCCCAGCACUGCUAUCCUCUCCUCGCGUCUUCAACAUCGAGAGUGGCGAACAUCAAAAGCCCAUGCUCAGUGCAGAUCCGACACUCAUCCCUGGCUACACAACACAUGAUGACGCCGGCAGCGACGGUGACGACACCAUCCACUCCGAGAUAGCAUUCUACAACGUGCCAAACUGCAUGCAAGCCGUUGUUGGCUUCGACCCGGCCGGCAACGACGAGCCGCAGACUGUGGAUCUGAUGUACAACGAGUUCAUCCAGAAGUGGAUUCUUAUGGCACUGCAGUACAUCGGACAGAAGUACACAAGCGACAACACUGAGGUGUAUGCGCAGGGGAAGAGUUUCACUGACAUCAUGACGGAUUGGGUGAGCGAUCAUUGGGCGCAUGAGGGUGAGUGUCCAAGAUAGCAUGCCAAGUUUGUUCAAAAAGAUACAUCAGCCUUGUUUAUAAAAUAACGUUACCACAUUCUUACGGGCCUUGUCCCAAUUUAGAGUACCGGUGAGGAAGAGAGCACUGCCACACCUUCGCAUCCACUCGCAUUGGUGACGGCGGAUAGGUAUAAGCCUUCGUCUCAGCGGAUUACCACACCUUUCUAAUGAUAAAACCACAGUGUACAGUCUUGUAGAAACUCAUGGCAGAGGUGUCAAAAGAAAGAAUGAACAUACACCAUCUAUGAAAGAGCCAAAAGAAUGAGGCAGCAGCAAUCCAAACCACAAAUCAUACAAAACUACCAUAUCAUGAGUACAAAUUGCCCCCCGCCCGCUAAAACGGAAUAGUAUAUACAUAGAAAUUACAAAGGAAACCACGCCCCGUCUUACGCACCCCGCCUCCGCCCCGGCUCCCCAUCCG